AUGGAGGUGCCACGGCAACCAGCGGAUUUCACAUGCAGCGUGAAGUAUUUAGGAAGUCAAAAUGCCAUGUAUCCACAGACUGGGACUUUGGAAAACAUCGCCCGGGUGUAUCAAAAAGGUUGUGCGCUUAACGAGAGGGACAUCGAAAAAUUGACUGUUACUAAAGACAGUGUUUCAGUUCGCAGCAAAAACACCGAAAAGAUUUUCAAACUACGCAAAAUUUUGUUCUGCGCAAGCUACAAGAAGAUUCCCAAAGUUGUUGCGUUUAACUAUAUGGUUUCGUCCUCGCCGAAGCGAUUGGAGUGUCAUGCGUUUUUAUGCGGGUCUAACGAAGAAGCGAGAGCUGUUGUCGUCGCUCUGACCACAGCGUUUAGAAUGGCGUACAACGAGUCGAAAAACGCAGGUGAAAUUCACGUCGAUGAAACCAUUACAAAUCACAAGAUUUGGACAGUCGAUUCAGCUGAGGAGAAAGAGAUUAAAGUUAUUUUCGCAUUACCUCGGAAAAUUGGUGAAAUAUUUGAUACUUUGACGAAUUGCAUGACCGCAAAGUGA